UUGUAGACUGAGAGCGCACAAUGUGACAUCCCCAGCAAUAGCCUUCAGACGCGGCUAAAUUAGACGAGAGAUGAUGGAUCGAGUUAUACCAUCUGAUCGCGUGAAUUACGGCGCCGUCAUCGCGCUGGCAGCCGUCAGCUUGAUUCUGCUGAGAAAAUGGAUAGCUGGUGGAGUCUGCAAAAGCCGUGCUGGUUUGGACGGAAUUGUGAUCACAGGUGGCAAUAAUGGGAUUGGGAAGGAAACUGCGAGAGAAAUGGCGCACAGAGGUGCUCGGGUAGUGAUGGCCUGCCGUGACCUCACAAGCGCUGAGAACUCUGCAGACUCUAUUCAUCGCUCCACAGGAAAUGGCAAUGUAGUCGUCAGGCACUUGAAUUUGGCAUCUCUGUACUCUGUCCGACAAUUUGCAAAAGAGUUCAUAGCCACAGAGGAACGACUGGACAUACUCAUCAACAAUGCAGGUGUGAUGAUGUGUCCCAAAUGGAUCACAGAGGAUGGCUUUGAGACACAGUUUGCUGUCAAUCAUUUGGGGCAUUUUCUUCUGACCAAUCUGCUAUUAGGAAUGUUAAAAAGAUCCUCCCCCAGCCGUGUCGCGAACGUGUCCAGCAUUGCACAUGUUGGAGGGAAAAUUGAAUUUGAUGAUCUGUUUUUUGACAAAAGCCCUUACGGUCCUUUGGCCAGCUAUAAACAGAGUAAGCUGGCAAAUAUUAUUUUCUCCCGAGAACUUGCAAGGAGAACGAAAGGUGCUGGAGUCUCAUCGUACAGCUUGCAUCCGGGAGUUAUUCGCACAGGCCUGUGUCGUCACGUUGAGUCGUGGUUCCCCAUGCUGAAGACUAUAAUGACUCUGCCCAGUAUGCUGCUGAUGAAAACUCCCUGGCAGGGUGCACAAACCUCUAUCUGCUGUGCUGUCACAGAGGGCUUGGAGAGGAAGUCUGGCUGCUAUUUCAGUGAUUGUGCUGAUAAAGACCCUGCUCCGGAAGGUAAAGAUGAUGCAGUGGCAAGAAGGUUGUGGGAGGAGAGCGCUCGGUUGGAUGAACUAAAUGACCAGUGCUGAAACGUCAUACUGCACAAGUAGGACGCACUUACUCCCCCUAGAUGUGGAUCCUGCGACCGAACACUCAUACUAGUAAGGUAGCAUAAACAGAGAUCUGCAGCCCAGAGAUCUUCACAAAGAUGCUAGACCAUUAGAAGUACCUACCACUAGUAAAAUGUAUGUCAGAUAUCAAAUUGCUGCUGGAGCGUGAUGGCGUCCUGUUUUAGUGACGUAUGCUGCGUCCCGGUUCGCCUACUUAUACUAUGCCCUUCAUUUUUUUAUAUUUUAUUUAAAUUUGCAUUGAAAAUGAGAAUAAAUAAAAAAGGUACUACAUUAGAAAGAUGCAAAAUAGAAGCACUUUCCUGUGUGCUUGGACAGUCUUGCUGGUUGUACGAAUUACAUAUAGACACUAGAUGGCAGUUUUUGUAAACAUAUUAUACUGAUUGUAAAACACUUUUAGAAGCACGAGUCAACUGAUAAUAGAAGAUAUGUGAGGGGAAAGCAGCAGACCAUAUAUCACAUGAUAACCCAGUGAUAUGGUCAUAGUUACAGUAGUAAUUAUGUAACAAGGACACUAAAAUCAAUGAACAGAACAAUCAAUACACUGCACUAUAUAUAUA